AUGAAAUUAGGUGUUGAUCUCCAAGACACAGACAUCGACUUCGUAACCAGAACGGGACCCCGCUUCAACAACAACUCCGAGAUAACUUCUAGCCCACGUCAAGAAAACCAGCCACGCCCUCUGGUUGUUAAAUUCUUACGACACAACAAACGUAAUGAAUUCCUACGUGCUGGGAAAACGAGACGCAACAUUUCUAGCGAAAAAUUUGACGUACCAGGUCCAUCCAGAACCAUAUACAUUAAUGAGCGUCUCACUAAGGAGGACAGACAGUUAUUUCGCGCGGCCAGAUUACGCGCCAAAGAAUGUGAUUACAAGUUCUGCUGGAUUAAGAAUGGAACUGUUUACAUCCGCAAAAAGGAAGGAAACCCCGCCAUCACUGUUAAGGCCAUGGAUGACUUGUUGCGGUACUGCCCCGCGACAACUGCACAAACAAUUCUUUCACUCUUCACGGUGGUGACAUUUCCUAAUGGCGGUUGUGCGGGCGCUUCUGGUGACAACGGUACUUGCAUGACUGCGCGCGAGUGUACCGCCAGAGGGGGCUCAGCAAAUGGAUACUGUGCUAAUGGAUUUGGCCUCUGUUGUAUAUUUAUGACAUCAUGCGGGAGUUCAACGUCAGAGAACGGAACAUACUUUGUGAAUUCAGGCUAUCCUUCAGUGUAUGACGGGACUGGAUCUUGCGAACUUACUGUACUGAAAGCCCAUCCUGAUGUCUGCCAAAUUCGGUUGGAUUUCAAUCGCUUCACAAUUGCGGGUCCGGAGCAGAUGAACCACGUUUGUAACCAAGACCAGUUCAUUGUGUCUGGAGGAAACCCCGUGCCAGCCAUCUGUGGAGCCAACCAAGGAAGUCACAUGUAUAUAGAUGCAGGCAUCGGUAUGACGAAUCCUGUGAAGCUAACAUUUGUGACCAGCGGGACUUCAUUUGAGAGACUUUGGAAGGUCAAAGUUACUCAAAUACCAUGCAGUACAAUAUACAAAGCUGACGAAGGCUGCUUGCAGUACUACACAGGAGUAUCAGGGCAGCUGCGGUCCUUCAACUACGACCCCACUUCAGGACUGCAGCUCAGCAACCAGGACUAUGGCAUCUGCGUGAGAAUGGAACGCAACUUCUGUGGCAUACAGUACACUGCGUGUCCAGAUACAGUCAACAACCGCUCGCGAUCCUUCACUCUAAGUGGCAACAGCAACAACCCAGUCAACGCCAUGAUUGGUUCCGGAGCUGGCCCCAACAAUUGUGCCAAUGAUUGGCUUCUACUACCAUGUGCCACCAACGUUGGCCGAAUACAGCCAGCCCAAGCUUUGUGUACAGACAGAAUCUGCGGCGGUACCUUUUCCGCGGAACUUUCUAUGCAAGCGGCGACUGUGCUGAGUACUGUGAAACCAUUCCGUCUAUGGUUUCACACAGACAACGUGGAAGCACCAGUUGAUAUAGACAAUAGAGGUUUCUGUCUCAACUAUAUUCAACAACCUUGUACGAAUAAUGUAGUUUAA